AAGAGAAUACCCGCCACUUUUUUAUACCUCCUUUGGGACCUCAUCAUGGAUAUCCCCAUCAAGUAUCCCUGGUACCGCUGGCCAUUCCCAAGUCGUUUCUCUGACUUCUCUGGGGCUGAACCUCUUACCGAUUGGCCAGUCUGGUCCUCUCCUUGGUCCUUUCCUUGGAGUCGCCCUUCAUUCUGGCGCUGGUUUAACUGGUUUGACAGUGGUUAUGGCGAGAUGCACGUUGAAAAGGAUCGCUAUGUUGUUUAUCUGGAUGUGAAGCAUUUCUCACCGGACGAGCUGUCCGUCACUGUCAACGAGGAGUUCAUCACAAUACACGCCAAGCACGAAGACAGAAAGGAUGAACACGGCUUUGUGUCCAGAGAGUUUCUGAGGAAAUACAGGAUUCCUGCAGGGGUGUCAGGCUCUGAUGUCACCGCUCAUCUGUCUGUCGAUGGCGUGCUGACCGUCACUACACCCAGGUCACCUCCAGGCCCAGAGCGCACUAUCAAUAUUGCAUGUGAAGAUGGAACAAACAAACAGAAGAUGUAGAGCAGAGGGAGGCUGAAGAUCACCACUAACAAGUGCUGUGUGUCUUUUGAUGAAACCUGGUACAGUUUUCUUGAUACAGAUGUAAAUAAGAGCAAAGGCCUUCUAAAGGAAAUUCUGCAAGACAAUGGUGCUGUAAACACAAGUGCUAACAUACUGAACCCAUUUAACAGCUUGGGUUGGGGAUGUACUUUUAUUUUGAAAUUGUAUUCAAUGCCUCCAUCAAACUAGCUGGCAUCACAAAUUUCACUGACAAUACUAAUAAAGUUUAUUCUACCAAAAUUUGUCCUCCAAAAAUGACUACAGGCUGAAGGUGCUGGAUUGAGUAGUGUCUACUGUCAACAGUAAUCCCUGAUUGGAUAUGUCACGUGCCAGUGUCUUUGUGAAUAGUCUCUGCAUGUGUUAGAAGGAAGGAGUCCCGGAGGCAAACACAGACAUUAAAAAUUUCUCCACUUAAGACAAAGCCACCAAAGGAUUUGGGACCAGUUGUGUACCCAGUGAGAGUGAGACAGAGGGUGGAUGUUUGGAGGGAGCGUUGUAUAUUAAGAAAGGAAUGUAGUUUAAUGUCGUACAGCUUUAAAACUGGUUCCUUGUUGCUGCAUGGCCUCAGAGCUGCAGAAGGAAGGGAGUGUGAGUAAAUACAUGUAUGCUUGGAAAUGUAACCACUACAGCUCUAUCAUUCCUUGAUUAACAAUUUGGAAAAUUAACAAAGAAAAGAAGA